AUGUCGACAGGUCUGUCCCAGAACGAUGGGUGGACGUUCACAGCCCCAUAUCGCGGACCGCCCCAACGACAAGUUCCCGCGCAGCCACCCUCCACAAUCACCCAGCUGAGCAACCCAACGCCAGAAUUGACCGCACUGAUCAACCGCCUGAACGCGGCGACAGAUAUUCCACAACAUCAGAGAGAUCAAUUCGCCAUUUUGGAUCUGUGGGAUGCAUUACGGUCUGCACACUGGACUGCUGUCCGCAUGCGCGAAUGCAGUCUCGCCGAAGUUUCAUGGCCCACCUUCGUCACCCGCUCAUUUGGGGAUCGCACCGAUGAAGUCCUCAAGUUGAUAUAUCAUCAACAGUACGAAGAGAUGGCCCGGAGAGAUUGGAAAGCACUUGUGCGCUUUUAUCGUGUCCAACGCUCCCUUAACCUCAGCCCGCCCGCAGUCUUUCUCCAUCUCGGUCGCCAAGUUGCAACGUCUGCAAGCUCUCUCAAGGUCUUGUGCAAACUUCUGGACAACCCAUCCCGACUCAACUAUCCAGCGAGCGACGUCAUCGAUACUAUCAAGAAGGCCAUCGCUGCCAAAGAACUCGACGGCUCCGAGCCCGCUGAACUGGACCACCAAUCAUUGAUUGCCGCAAGUAGAGAGCUUCGCAGAAUCAGACGUACCAAUCCCGCGGCCGAAGACGACGUCAAUCGAGUGGCGACCGAGCUGAACAACCUGGCUAUUCAUGGUUCUACUUCCACGGCCCAACCAGAAGACAAC